AUGAAGUCAGCCUCCGGCGUGGCGCUCGUGGCCAUGAUUCCUGCCGUCUCGGCGCAGUUCAUCACACCACCUUCGGAUCUGAAAAGCGUACAAGGGAACGGUGGCUACCCCGUCCGUUACAAGGAGGUUCCCCAAGGAAUCUGCGAGACAGUCGAGGGCGUGAAGAGCUAUUCCGGGUAUACAAGAGUUCCGAUCCAGCACGUCAACACACUGCUUACGCCUUCUAGAUAUGUCGAUGUCGCCGAAGACGAGCAUCUGUUCUUCUGGUUCUUUGAAGCCCGAAAUCAAGACCCAACCACAGCUCCCCUGACGCUUUGGUUGAAUGGUAAUCGGCGACUGGCUUGGCGGAAUGAGUGAAGCACAUCUGACAGCUUCUAGGCGGACCUGGAGACCCUUCCAUGGUUGGACUAUUCGCGGAGAACGGACCGUGCUGGGUGGAUUACGAUGGCAAUCUGCAAUUCAACGAGUACUCAUGGACGAAUAGCAGCAAUAUGCUGUAUCUGGACCAGCCCACAUCCACCGGCCUCAGCUACUCCGUCCCGGUCAAUGCAUAUACAACCGCCGAUGGCUACAUCGCAACCUUGCCAGAUACUACAUGCCCCGACUACGCUCCUGCAGACUCUUGCGGAACUCUGUCUUCAAGCAACGCAUCUUGGACUGCCAACUCUACGAUUGCAGCUGCCCCGAAUGUCUGGCGAGCUCUUCAGGGAUUCACAGGAGCGUUUCCGCAGUACUCCAAGAACGGCGUGCACCUAUCCGUGAGUGGAGAAUCAUGGAUGCCUUGCCCUGCCCACCAAUGCUAAUGGUCAUGACAGACGGAAUCGUACGGCGGCCACUACGGUCCUGUCUUCGCAGACUACAUUCUCCAGCAAAACAGCCUUGACCUGCCAGGGACUACCAAGAUUGAUCUUCGCUCCCUCUCCGUCGGCAAUGGCUGGUUCGACCCCGUCGUCCAGUUCGAAGCCUAUUACAAUUUCACGGUCGACCCAGGAAACACCUGGUCCUUCAAUCCCUUCAAUGAAUCUACCAAAGAGCAAAUCUACAACUCUUUCUACGGCGAAGGCAACUGCCUCGACCAACUCCGAGACUGCAACGCCCGGGGCAUCGAUUCGAUCUGCUCGGCUGCGGAUAAUUUCUGCUACAAUGAAGUCGAGCUCAUCUACGACACCGUCACGGGUCGAGAUGAGUAUGAUCUGAGGGAGCUCCUGCCCGAUCCUUUCCCCUACACGAGCUGGGUGGCCUAUCUCAACAAGCCGGAGAUUCAGAAGGCGAUCGGGGCGUACGUGAACAUCUCGUACUCUACCACCAAUCUCGGCUCCGGGACCGUAGCUACUGCCUUUGGAACAACUGGCGACGAUUCGAGACAGCUGGGCAUUGUGGAGAAGAAUCGCAAGCUGGUGGAAGAGGGUGUCUAUGUCGUCCACUACGCUGGGGAUGCCGAUUACAACUGCAACUGGGUAAGUCCAAACCAAAAAACAAAACGCCCCCUUUCUCUGGUGGUGCUGGUAGCGAUUCCUUCUAACACUUUCCCCCCCCAAAGAUCGGCGGCGAAGAAGUCGCAUCCCUCAUCGCCGCUCCCGGCUUCGCAAAUGCAGGCUACGAAAACAUGACGAGCUCUGCGACCGGCAGCGGCAGCAGCACCACCACCGAAACGGUCCACGGCGUCGUCAAACAGGCCGGCAAGUACAGCUUCGUGCGCAUCUACGAUUCGGGCCACCAGGUGCCCUUCUACAAGCCGCAAGCCGCUCUGGACCUCUUCACACGCAUGCUCCAGGGCGUCGAUAUCGCUACGGGCCACACCAACGUUACGAAUGCCUAUCGGAGCGUGGGCACGGCGAAGAGCACGUAUCGGAAUGAUAAUGCGACGAUCCAGACCACGGUGUUGGAUGCGAGUUGUACGUAUAAUACGGUGACGGACUUGCCGGAGUGUCCCUCGAGUGGCUCGUCUCGGAGGCGGAGGUCAGGUGAGGGCCAAAGGGGCGGGAGUCCGUCUGUACGUAUGGUAGCUUUUAAUUAG